UGAAAAUGUUUAUUGUAUAAUUUCGCAUUGAAUUGAGCAGGUGUGGUGUGCUUGUGUUGUGUGCUUGUGAACGAACCAAAUAUAUACACACAUGAGCUGGAGGACAGUGAAUUCGAAUUAGUUUUUAUAUAGCACAUAUAGCGUGCACUCUUUAUAAUCUCCCGUGUAAAUCAGAUAUCGCAGCGCUUUUUCUCCCGUGUGCAUUUCAAACGCGCUUCGCCAAUACAAAAAAAAAAAAAAAAAAAAAAACAAAAGCUAUAAGCUCAAAUCGCCGAGAGUGAAAACGAAUAGAAUUUCAAGCUGAAAGCAAAGCGAAGAAGCUAAGCACCAGGAAUAGCAGCCAGUGAAGCCAAUCCCACGGAACAGGACAAAAGCAAGGACAGGACCAAGGACCAACACCAGGUGGUGGUGGUGGAGCAGAAGCUGGCGCGUCUGGGGCAGUGUCACGUGAUCAGGUGGUAAGCCAGCCAGCCAGCCAGCCAGCAGCGAAUCUCUCCGGAGCCAGCAGUCGGAGGAUCGGGCAACCAUGUCUUCGCCGGCGGCCCAGAGCAACAGCAGCAGCAGCCAGUCGCAGUCCGCAGCCCAACAGCAGCAGCAGCAGCAGCAGCAGAAUCAAAAGGCCAAUGUCAACAACACACACGACAACAAGAAUGCCACGGCGACGACGGGGACAGCAGGGGGAUCGGGAUCAGGAUCAGGAUCGGGAAGCGGCGGAUCCUCGGCGGCGGGCACACAACAAGGGCAGCAGGGACAGGCACAGGGACAGGGGCAGGGGCAGAGCGGAACCUCGAGCGGACCAUCGAGCCCCACCAAGCGCAGCACAAUAUCGACAAAGGAGCGUGUGAUCGACAGCGUGCCAUUUCCGCCGAGCCGCAAACUCACCUGCGCGGAUGUGUUCGACGCGCGGACCGGAAAGCCGCAGCACGAUGUCCUCAAGCAGCACUUCAUCCUGGAGGGCAGGAUCGAGGAGAGCGCCGCCCUGCGCAUCAUCCAAGAAGGCGCCACGCUACUGCGCACGGAAAAGACGAUGAUUGACAUCGAGGCGCCGGUGACGGUGUGCGGCGACAUACACGGCCAGUUCUACGACCUGAUGAAGCUAUUCGAGAUCGGCGGCUCGCCGGCGACCACCAAGUAUCUGUUCCUGGGCGACUACGUCGAUCGGGGCUACUUCAGCAUCGAGUGCGUCCUGUAUUUGUGGUCGCUGAAGAUCACCUAUCCGCAGACGCUGUUCCUGCUGCGCGGCAACCACGAGUGCCGGCACCUGACCGAGUACUUCACCUUCAAGCAGGAGUGCAAGAUCAAGUACUCGGAGCGCGUGUACGACGCCUGCAUGGACGCGUUCGACUGCCUGCCGCUGGCGGCGCUCAUGAACCAGCAGUUCCUGUGCGUGCACGGCGGCCUUUCGCCCGAGAUACACGAGCUGGAGGACAUUCGGCGGCUCGACCGCUUCAAGGAGCCGCCCGCCUUCGGCCCCAUGUGCGACCUGCUGUGGUCGGACCCACUGGAGGACUUCGGCAACGAGAAGAACUCGGACUUCUACACGCACAACUCCGUGCGCGGCUGCUCGUACUUCUACAGCUACGCCGCCUGCUGCGACUUCCUGCAGAACAACAACCUGCUGUCGAUCAUCCGGGCGCACGAGGCGCAGGACGCCGGCUACCGCAUGUACCGCAAGAGCCAGACCACCGGCUUCCCCUCGCUGAUCACCAUCUUCUCGGCGCCCAACUAUCUCGACGUGUACAACAACAAGGCGGCGGUGCUGAAGUACGAGAACAACGUGAUGAACAUCCGGCAGUUCAACUGCUCGCCGCACCCUUACUGGCUGCCCAACUUCAUGGACGUGUUCACCUGGUCGCUGCCCUUCGUGGGCGAGAAGGUCACCGAGAUGCUGGUGAACGUGCUGAACAUCUGCUCCGACGACGAGCUCAUGACCGAGGAGAGCGAGGAGCCGCUCUCGGACGACGAGGCGGCGCUGCGCAAGGAGGUGAUCCGCAACAAGAUCCGUGCCAUCGGCAAGAUGGCGCGCGUCUUCUCCGUGCUGCGCGAGGAGUCCGAGUCGGUGCUGCAGCUGAAGGGCCUGACGCCCACGGGCGCCCUGCCCCUCGGCGCCCUCUCCGGCGGCAAGCAGUCGCUCAAGAACGCCAUGCAGGGCUUCUCGCCCAACCACAAGAUUACCUCGUUCGCGGAGGCCAAGGGCCUGGAUGCCGUCAACGAACGGAUGCCGCCGCGGCGGGAUGCCACACCAUCGCCGGCGGAGGAGGGCCAGAAAUCACUGUCAGCCGCGGCAGCAGCAGCGGCCAAUGCAAAUGCGAAUUCAAUCAAUGGAUAAUUCUAAGUCAGUUGACAGCAGCAGCAGCUAGAGCUUCAGCUACAGCUAUAGCUACAGCUAAAGUUAAAUAACAAGUCAAGUUAGUCAGUCGAUGGAUCGAUGCGGGUCUUCUUUGGAUCUACGGUUCCAAGAGGGGACCCACAGGAUCGGAGGAGCGGAGGAGGAGCAGAAGCAGGAGCAGGAGCAAAGUCAGUUGGUAGUCGACAGUUAAGCAGCAAACGGUGGGAGGGAGUCAGCAAGCAACAGAGGAGCAGAGGAAUAGUCUCAAGAUCGGCUCAAAGGAGAUAUAAACUGGGCAUACAGACAUACAACACACAGCUAAUUGAAAUUGAAUUGAUCAUUAACGGAAGGCGAAAUUGAUCAAGGAUAGGGAUCAGGAGCAGAGACACCACCACAACAAAAAAAAACAACAACAACAACACAGCAAGCGUUAACGAGUACUUAUUGGUAUUAAAAGAGCAACAAUUGAAAGUAAAAAUGCGAAAACACCCCCUAAAAUGGAAGCUAAUUAUAAAGUUGAAAGAUUAUAGAAAUAUAUAUAUAUAUAUAUAUAAAUAUAUGUAUAUAAAUAUUUAUAUAUAUCUAUAUCAAAAUUUUGUGCAACGUUAUAUCAAAAGAGAAAAUGUAAAAGUUAAGCAACAGUGUUUAAAAGCGCGCAUGCGCAACAGGCAGUUGACAAGGAGCAGUAGACAGAUGCAGUUGUAAGAUGCAAGUUGCGCGCAUUCCCCCAAUUAUAAAAAAACAAAGAAAAAAGAAAAAAAAAAGAAUUAAUAAAAGCAAAUUAGGUAAUUUAAAUUAUUUGCUAACAAAUUGUAAAACGAAUCGAAAACCAACUUUCUCAUCUCUGUAAAGUCAAACCAAACGAAGUUAAAAAAGCAAAAGAGAACUAAACCUAGCAUCUAAACUGAAACCUAAAGCUAAAGGAUAUUCUACUACUUUCGUUGUGUGGCGUCUGCGGCGACUUCUUCUCAAAAACAAAAA